GGCCGUGUUGUGCAGGCCCAGCCCUCCCGGUUCUCUGCGCAGGGUCCAGAGGCGUGCGCUUGUUUUUGAAACGGCUUGGGUUAGCUGUUAUGACCGGCGGGGCCGACUUCCACAAGAGGAGCGACAACCAAGAUUCAGGAGACAGAAUGGACGUGGACAUGGACCCCGGGCACAUGGAAAGUGAGCGGUCCGAACUGGACUCCAGUAUUCCGGCUGCCUGCUCCUCCAACGGCAGCGGCGGGGAAGAGGACGAAGCGGAGGCCGUGGGGCGCGUGAGAGAAGCCGGGGGCUCGAGUAGUCAGCACACCCCGGAUGGAGGAGGGGUCCUGGGCUGCGGGAGGGAGCAGGAGGUGUCGGUCGAAAUAGGGGAGACGUAUUUAUGUCAAAGAGCCGAUAAAACGUGGCACACAGCUGAGGUUAUUCAGUCCCGGCUGAAUGAGCAGGAGGGCCGAGAGGAGUUUUAUGUUCACUAUGUUGGCUUUAACAGACGUCUAGAUGAAUGGGUGGGUAAGGCCCGUCUGGCGCUAACGAAGACGGUGAAGGAUGCAGUGAGGAAGAGCACAGAGAUCGGAGGCGUUGGAGAUUUGGGAGAUCAGCCUGAACGCAAAAUCACACGGAACCAGAAGCGCAAACAUGACGAGAUAAACCAUGUGCAAAAGACGUAUGCAGAGAUGGACCCGACAACAGCUGCACUUGAGAAGGAGCACGAGGCGAUCACCAAAGUAAAGUAUGUGGAUAAGAUCCAGAUAGGAAACUUUGAGAUCGAUGCUUGGUACUUCUCCCCGUUUCCUGAGGAUUAUGGGAAGCAGCCCAAACUGUGGAUCUGCGAGUACUGCCUCAAAUAUAUGAAGUAUGAGAAGACCUUCAGACAUCACCUGUCACACUGUCAGUGGAAACAGCCUCCAGGCAAAGAGAUCUACAGAAGGAGUAACAUCUCGGUAUUCGAAGUGGAUGGAAGGGACCACAAAAUCUACUGUCAGAACCUUUGUCUGCUAGCGAAGCUCUUUCUCGACCACAAAACGCUAUACUUUGAUGUGGAGCCGUUCAUCUUCUACAUUCUCACUGAAGUCAACAAGCAGGGGGCGCACAUCGUCGGAUACUUCUCCAAAGAGAAAGAGUCUCCAGACGGGAAUAAUGUGGCAUGUAUCCUCACACUGCCACCGUACCAACGCAGAGGCUACGGAAAGUUCCUCAUAGCUUUUAGUUAUGAGUUGUCGAAGCUGGAGAGUACGGUGGGCUCUCCAGAGAAACCCCUGUCUGAUCUGGGGAAGCUGAGCUACAGGAGUUACUGGUCCUGGGUCCUGCUGGAGAUCCUGCGGGACUUCAGAGGGACACUGUCCAUCAAAGACCUCAGUCAGAUGACCAGCAUCACUCAGAGUGACAUCAUCAGUACGCUGCAGUCACUCAACAUGGUCAAAUACUGGAAAGGACAACAUGUGAUCUGUGUGACGCCCAAACUGGUGGAGGAGCACCUGAAGAGCGCCCAGUACAAGAAACCGCCCAUCACAGUGGACACCAUGUGCUUAAAAUGGGCGCCUCCCAAAAAUAAACAGGCCAAGUUGUCCAAGAAGUGAGAGGCGGAGCCAGUGAUGGAUGCCACCUGUCCGUCAGCCUGUACACCGCCCAAUCAAACCCUGCUGUUCUGAACAUUGUACAUAGUUGUUAGUAGCAUCUGUCAGUAUUUUCAUAAAUAAAUACAGUCUACACAGAACAA